AUGCUGGUCUCAGUAUUUCUCGCUCUGUUUCUACCGUGCGCCGGCAUGAGCGCCGUCUUCCUUGUCUAUGUCUGCCUGCUCUGCUACUCCGCCGGCGGCGCCUCCGUCGAGAGGCACGAUUUUCCGAUCAAGAGCCGCCCGGAGAUGGGUCUGUCGGAGUCCGAUCUCCAGAAGCUGCCGAAGGUCACCGGGAAGGAUCUGGUGCUGGCCGCCGAUUGCGCGGUGUGUUUGGACGAGAUCGAGGCCGAGCAGGCGGCGAGGGUUAUCCCCGGGUGCAAUCACGGGUUUCAUCUUGAAUGCGCCGACGCGUGGCUCUCGAGGAACUCCAAUUGCCCCGUCUGCAGGGGUAGCGUUGGGCCUGACAUUCUCAGCCCAUCAGAAAACAGCCCAUGCUGA